AUGGAGGAAAUGGUAGAGGUUGCUUUCGGUGACCCUAAUCAUGUUGAAGAUAGUCCUCCCAGACAAGAACAAUAUGUAGAUGAGUAUGAGAAGUACAUGAAUGAUGCUAGGAGACCGAUUUAUGAGAAUGCAAAACAUUCCACGCUGUCAUGGUUCGUUCAACUUUUCCAGAUUAAGUGCCUAAACAAAUGGAGCAACAAGUCAUUCACGAUGCUUCUUAAAUUCCUAAAAUAUUCUAUGCCUGUUGGGAACAAUGUCCCUGAUAGCUGGUAUGAAGCUCAAAAGAUAAUGUCUAAUAUGGGUUUAAUUUGUGAGAAGAUUCAUGCAUGUCCCAAUGAUUGUGUACUGUAUUGGAAAGAAAACUCAUAUAAGAAAGAGUGCCCUACUUGUGGAGUGUCCAGAUAUAAGAAGAAAGCACAUACUAGCAAGAAUAACAUACCUCUCAAGGUAGUACGAUAUUUUCCUAUUACACAGAGGUUGCAGAGACUUUACAAGUGUAAGAAGACAGCGGUGGCAAUGACCUGGCAUGAUCGUGCUCUUCCAAGUGAAGAUGGCAAAAUGAGUCAUCCAAGAGAUUCACCUGCAUGGAAGAAUUUCGACAAGUUACAUCCAAUAUUUAGUCAGGAUCCUCGUAAUAUCAAGCUCGGACUAGCUAGUGAUGGCUUUUGCCCCUUUAGUUUUAAUGGUAAUCCACACAGCACAUGGUCGGUUGUAAUGAUGAUUUAUAAUCUCUCACCGUGGCUGGCUAUGGAUCAAUCAUAUUUUAUGAUGCCUCUUUUGAUUGAUGGACCCAGUUCACCGGGAAAUAAUAUCGACGUUUAUCUCCGACCUCUCAUCGAAGAGUUACGGUCUUUAUUCAUUGAUGGUGUGGAGACAUAUGAUGCAGAUAAAGGGGAAACCUUCAUAAUGCGUGCAGCCUUAAUGUGGACAAUUAAUGAUUUUCCUGCAUAUGGAAUGCUAUCGGGAUAUUCUGUACAUGGUUAUAAAGCAUGUCCAUAUUGCCACGUGGAUACAGCAUCGACAUGGUUGUCUUUUAGCAAAAAGAUAUGUUAUUGUGGUCAUCGACGUAUGUUGAAAGAAGACCAUCUCUAUAGGGAUGAUGAUGUUCACUUUGAUGGUACUACAGAGCAUCGACAAUUAAUGCACAUCCCCUUAUCUGGAGCGGACAUACUUGCUCAAUGGAAUGAUUAUGAAAAUGUGAUUUUUGGAAAAGUAAAGGAAAGACAGGAAAAGCCACAAGGAUGGAAUAAGAAAAGUAUUUUCUUUGAACUACCGUAUUGGGUGACAAAUACAGUGCGUCACAAUUUGGACGUCAUGCACAUUGAGAAGGGGGUAUCUGAGCACAUACUUAACUUGCUUCUUUGUAAAGAUGGAAAAUCAAAAGAUAACCUACAAGCUCGGAGGGAUCUACAACACUUAAACAUUAGAAAAGAGUUGCACCCUAUACCUAAAUUAGGUAAACCAGGAAAAUUUGUACUCCCCAAUGCCGUUUAUCAUAUGUCAAAACUAGAAAAGAAAAUAUUUUUGGAGGUAUUGCAUGAGCUGAAGGUUCCUACAGGGUUUUCUGGAUCAUUUAAUAAGAAGAUAAAGACUGUAAAAGGCAAGAUAGAUGGGUUGAAGAGUCACGAUCACCAUGUUAUUAUGGAGCACCUUCUCCCACUAUCCCUUAGGGCUUCGCUUCCUGAAUCUGUUGGUUUAGUGAUCAAUGAACUUUGCAACUUUUUUAGGGAAUUGUGUGCUAAAACCAUUGAGGACAAGGAGUUGGAGAAGCUACAAGAAGCAGUUCCCUUAAUAUUGUGCAAGCUUGAGCGGAUUUUUCCACCAUCAUUGUUUGAUAUUAUAAUACACCUGACUGUUCAUCUUGCAACCGAAGCAAGGCUUGCUGGACCGAAUUGGAAUGAUGAACUAUUUUCUCAGGUCCAAGAUCCAAACUCAGAAUUAACAUUAGAUGAUGAUUUGAGAUGUCUAGCUCGACAUCCAAGCCUGGAGAUUGAUUCUCAGACCACUCGUCCACCACCUGUUGUUCCUGCUACUACUCCCCCGACUUUAGCUCAUCAUUCUCUGGAUGCUCAGGGUUCUACAUCUGCUGCUCAAUGUUCUCCUCAGGAUAUUUCGACACAAAACCCUCUUGCUAGUCGAUUGGGAGGCGUGCUGGGGGGCAUGUUGGGGGGCGUCUUAGGGAGCUUUACACAGGAGGGCUAUAGCGAGGAUGACAUCCGCAAAGCUUUUGCUGAUUAUAUUCGAUUAAAUCACCCGUGA